AUGAUUUAAAAACCUCAAGAUAUAUUGCUAAAGACUAAUUAUCAUGAAAUUAGUUUACUUCCUGGAAAACCAAUUUAUGAAUAUGAAUUAGAAAUUUAAAAUUCAACUCCAGAAUUAAUUUAAGCAGCAUUAAAAGCACAUAAAACCAUUUUAUUAGAAAUGCUUAGAAAUUAUAUGAGUAUUGAUAAUAAAAUAUACUCUCCUAAAAUAAUAGAUGGAAUUGAAAAAGGAUAAUCAAAAAUAUUGGGAAUAGAUGAAAUCAAUUAAGAAGCAUAACAUAUAGUUUCUAUUAAAUUAAUUGGUCGUUUAAGUGAAAAUCAUAUAAGCAAGAAUUAAAUAAUUGCUAGAUUAAUAAAAUAAGUAAUUAGAAAUUAAUUCUAAAUGGUUUCUAUUGGGAAAAUAGGUAGUAAACUAUUUUGGAAUUAAAGAGCAGUUAAAUAAAAAGAGAACAAUCUAGAAGUAAAUAUAUUUAUUUAAGACUUAGAUUUGGCCAGGAGUAGAAUGCGUUUAUUAAGCUAGUAAAAUAUAAAAUUUUAAACCUAAAUUAAUAAUUGAUUGUGCAUUUAGAAUACUUCGUUAUAGAUCUGUACUAGAAGAAUUGAAUUUAUAGAAACAAAAUAUUGAUAUUCUUAUUGGUUAGAUUGUGAUGACUACUUAUAAUAAAAAGUUUUAUUAAAUAUCUGGUAUAGAUGUUUAAAUGAAUCCAAAAUCUACAUUUUUAAAUGAAAAUGGUGAAACAAAUACUUUUGAAAAUUAUUACAAAACAAAGUAUAAUUAAAAUAUCAAUUCUAAUUAACCUCUUUUAAAAGCAAUUGUUAGAGGUAGAAGAGAUUAAAAUGAAAAAGAAAUAUUUUUAAUACCUUCUCUUUGUUAAAUGACUGGAUUAACUGAUGAAAUGAGAAAUGUAAUUAGAUUUAUAUAUUUUAGGACUUUAAAGCUAUGAAAAAUAUAUCAGAAAUAACAAAACCAUCUGCAGAAGUAAGAAUGAGAACUGCAUAAGACUUUAUUAAAUAACUUUAAGAUACUAAAAUUAUUAAUAAAAAGGAUAAUUCAUAAAAGGAACUAUUGAAUGAAUGGGGAUUAGAAAUAAAAAAAGAUUGUGUUUAAGUAUAAGCUUAUAAAUUAGAUCCUGGAAAUAUGUUAAUGGGUGGAGGAUUACGUUUAAAUUUAGGAGAUAACAACACAAAUUUAGAUAGAUAAACUUAAACUUAAAUGUAUUAAACUCCUACAUAAAAAUUACUAUUGGGAAUUAUAUAUAUUAAAAAUAAUACAGGAUAAGACGCAAUGAUUAAUUUCAUACAAAACUUUGAUUAAGCUAGAUAAGAAUUUUAGUUUGAUGUUUUUCUUAAACCACUAGUGGCUGAAAUGUACGAUAACAGAGAAGAAGAAUUGGAAAGAGCAUUACAAGAAUUAAAGGGGUAAGCUGAUAAAAUGAAUAAUAAGAUAAACUUUUUAUUAUUUUUGUUACCAGGAUAAAAGAAAAAAGCAAGAUUAUACAAAGCUUGUAAAAGAAUAUCUAUGGCCAAAUUUGGUUGUGCUUCUUAAGUAAUUAUAGAAAACACCUUAAAAAGAAAUACAAGAUCUAUUGUAAAUAAGAUUUUAAUUUAAUUAAAUGCAAAAAUAGGAGGAACUCCAUGGGCAUUAGAUGGUAUUCCUAGUAUAUUUACAAAUUAACCUACAAUGAUUUGUGGAGUUGAUAUUUUUAAAAAGACUGGAAGAAAAAGUCAAUUAGCCUUUUGUAGCACAAUUAAUAGAUAUUUUAGUAGAUAUUAUUCUUAAGUUGUAACAUCAGGUGAAUUUUGUUAACAUUUAUAAUAAUGUUUGAAGGCUGCUUUGAUUGCUUUCAAAUAAGAAUUAUAAAUUUAUCCUAAGAAUGUUAUCAUAUAUAGAGAUGGAGUUAGUGAUGGUGAAUAAACAACUGUAUUAGGAACUGAAUUACCAUAAUAUAAACAAGCUUUAAAAGAAUUAGAAUUAAAUGAUAUAUCACUUACUUUGGUUAUCUGUAACAAAAGAGUUUCUGCAAAAUUCUAUACUGGAGGUUAAGGUAGAGCAGAAAAUCCACCUCCAGGAACUGUAAUUGAUAAUAAAAACAUUACGAAUGAAGAUUCUAUAAAAUUUUAUUUAAUCUCUUAAUUGAGUAGAUAAGGAACUGUUACUCCAACUCUCUAUAAGGUUCUUUAUUCAGAUUUACCAGGUAUUUAUAUUUUAUAAUAAAUAAGGUAUUGAGUAAAUGAUUAAAUUAAUGACAUUCAAAUUAUGUUGGUUGUUUUAUAAUUUUACAGGGUCUAUAAAAAUACCAGCACCUGUUCGUUAUGCACAUUGUCUUAGUAAUUUUAUUGGAGAUAAUUAUGAUGAUAAGGAUAAAAUAAAAUUUCUACCACAAUAAGACUUAAUUUUUAAAAAAGUGCUAUUUUAUAUUUGA